GAAAACAAGACCACACAUUAAUGACCGUGAGGCAGACAGAAACAUAAAAUGCAGUGACGAAGUCUUUGAUGAAGAAACUGGUAUUUCUGUUCGGUGAAAUACAACGUGAUGUAAUGUAAUCACUUUGUAUGUUUGCUCGCAGAACCCCCAAGAUCCGCUUUGUAUUUCACUUAUUUAAAGAAAUGUCACGGCUUUUCCCGUUCAUCACAUCUAUCUAUAGUAUGUCCAGUCGGGUCGGAUUGAGAGGGUCUCCCAGUAUGUCUGCACUUAUUCAACCACUCCCAGCUGGACUUACAUGUGUUUUUGCAGCCGGCAAAAAGGACCUGAUAGACCUUCCUGUCCUGAAUGAGGACGAGCUUGAAGAGCAGUUUGUGAGAGGAUCUGGACCUGGGGGACAGGCCACCAACAAAACCAGCAACUGUGUGGUGCUCAAGCACAUCCCCACUGGGAUUGUAGUAAAGUGCCAUCAAACCAGAUCUGUGGAAAUAAAUCGAAAACGUGCCCGGGGAAUUAUGAGAGAGAAACUUGAUGUUGCAUAUAAAGGAGAACUCAGUGAAGUUCUUGUGAAGAAGAAAGAGUCUGUGCUGAGGAAACAAGAGAAGAAGAAGAAGGCACAUGAGAAUCUGGAGAGAAAAAGACUGUUUAAAGAAGCACAGGUUGCAGAUUCUAAACCUGGGAAUGACACUGUUUAAAAUGUUUGCGUGGAAUAUAGACAGACAGGAGUACUGUACUCUAAUGGUCGUGUAUUUUAUGCCAGCAAAGGGUAAGAGACAAAUUUUCAAGUAUGGUUUAAAAAAUUAUCUACAGCAAGAUUGCUGAAAAUGUAUUUAUUUAUCAUUUAUUAUUAUGUCUUCUUAGAUAAAGUAAUAGGAGCUUCAAAAUUCUACUGACUGAACCAUGCUUUUAAAGUCGCCCUCCACUCAAAUUGUGUUUUGGUCAUUAUUAUGUCUCUUGGAUGUUUGACCUUCAUUGUGCAGUGACUGUCACUGGAAGACUGCUUUCAAAUUCUUCUGCUGAAACUGGAAAGUUUUGUAAGCCAGGCAACUUACACAAGUGUGAUCUGGAAACUUGAAGCAUGCAUUACACAUUCACUGAUAAUGGACAUUCAGUGAUGUAGGAGACAUCUUGAGGGAGUGAGAGAGGAGGUGUAGAUGUAAUUUUAAGAAUUUUUAACCAAGAAAUUUAACACAAAUUAUUAUUCAGAGUAUUUUUAUAUAUUUUCAAGCAUGCCUGGAUCAUAAAAUUUUCUUUCUGCUCACCAUUUUAUACACUAAGUUGGCAGUUUAUUGCACCUAGCUAAAGGUCUCCUAUUGCACUUAGUGCACGCUUUAGUGUUGUCCAUCACUUGUAAGUUGCUUUGGAUAAAAGCGUCUGCCAAAUAAGUAAAUGUAGUAAUUGAAUGUAAAAGCAAUACAGUCCCAUAGAGCAGUGCAGAAAAUCCAACCUUUCAUGGCGGUUAUAAUGUUAAGUUUGUGUUGAAACUGUUUCAUAAAGGUGUUGAUUCAACAAUGGUCAUU